ACCUCAUCCAGCAGCAAGCCGUCUACUGAAUGGGGGCAAAAGGGGGCGUGGCAAAGGCUAAUCAGGUGACCAGUCGAUAGCACGUGAUCCCCUUACGUCACCUCGACGGGAACAACUCCAUUCUUAGACAAAGCAGCAGCAGCAGCCGCCGCUAAAAUGGACAUGAAGAGGAGAAUCCACCUGGAGCUGCGGAACCGGACACCGGCCGAUGUAAAAGAACUUGUCCUGGAUAACUGCCGGUCAAAAGAUGGAAAAAUAGAAGGGUUGACGGAUGAGUUUGAAGAACUGGAAUUCUUGAGCACAAUCAACGUCUGCCUCAGCUCUGUCGCCAAUCUACCAAAGCUAAACAAAUUGAAAAAGUUGGAGCUGAGCGAUAACAACAUCUCUGGAGGACUGGAAGUACUGGCAGAAAAAUGUCCAAACCUCACACACCUCAACCUAAGUGGAAACAGAAUAAAGGACCUGAGCACAAUAGAACCUCUGAAAAAAUUAGAGAGCCUAAAGAGCUUAGACCUGUUUAACUGCGAGGUCACCAACCUGGGGGACUAUCGAGAAAAUGUCUUCAAGCUCCUGCCCCAGCUCACUUAUCUAGAUGGAUAUGACCACGAUGAGAAGGAGGCCCCUGACUCUGAUGCUGAGGCCUAUGUGGAGGGUCUAGAUGAUGAAGAUGAUGAUGAGGAUGAGGAAGACUAUGACGAGGACGCUCCGCCGGGUGAAGAGGGCGAGGAAGAUGACGACGAAGAAGAGGGAGAAGAGGAGGAAGUCAGUGGUGAAGAGGAGGAGGAUGAGGAAGCUGACAAAGAAGGGGAUGAGGAUGAAGCUGACCAGGAUGCAGAAAAAGGUCAGAAAAGAAAACGGGACCUUGAAGAUGAAGGAGAAGAGGAUGAUUAAUCCGCAGGACAAGGUAGAUGAGGAGCGAGCCUUGUGACUGACAAAGAGGACUGAACCCCAAGAACCUUUUUGAAAACCCUGUUGUACUUUUGACUGUUUUUACCUUGAAUUUCCCUGACCUUUUAUCUCCCGGUUGUAAGGUUGCCGUGUGCUGGACAGAAACCACAUCAGAAGAGUCACGCUUGGUAUUUUUACUGCUGUUCUUGCAAGUUUUUUCUAAUUAUAAGGUUUUAUUUUGUGUUUCUAGCACUUAUUUCAAUACAGCCCUAGUCUUUCCAAUGCCCAUUGCUAAUUGUUUUGGUGGUUGUUAUUAAUUUUAUUAUAAUAUUUUU